UAAACCCAAAACUAGCCCUUAUACUUCUUCCGCCCCGCCACCAGCGGCGGCGACGACGCGAGCGCCUCGGACACCGCGCCCAACCGUUCGUGAAAAAUGUCGUCCACGUCGUAGUCCCGAGAGCCCGUCGGCGUCGCCCGCGUGGAGGAUGCUCGCGACGAGAGCACGGCCUCAGCCGCGUCGGCGAAGACGUCGUCGACGUCCUUGUGCGCGACGUCGGGUGUCAGACCCGUGUGCGGGCACGGCGCCGAGGGCGGCGGCGUGGGCGGCGGCCGCGCGGCGGCAGGUGUAGGUGGUGUGGGCGCCGGCCGCCCAGGGGAAGGAGUGGGCGGCGGCCGCGGCGGCAGGCGCUUCAAAGCGUCGACCUCGGCCCGCAGGCGCCGCGACCGCUCGUUGGCUUUGUCGAGGUCAGCCUCACACGCCUUGUACCUCUUCUUGUUGCGGUCGGCCCGCGCGCGCUCGGAAACGACGACCGCGAGCAGGCGCUGCCGCGUGGCCAGCCAGGCCGUCCGCGCAACCCGUAAUGCCGUCUCGCGCUCCGCGUCCGCGUCGCGGCGGUCGCGCCGCUCCUGCUCGAGGGCACGUUGCGCUUCUGCGCCCUCUUUCUUGGUCUCGUCCGCCCUCUUGGCAGCAACACGCAGCGACUUGUCCUGCUCCUGUUUAAGCCCCUGGGCCUGCGCCGACGCCUCUCCCAAUGCAUCGCGGAACGCGUCGCGCUCCUUCCGCGCCUCGUCGCGCUCUUUGGUCAACCUUUCGACCUCCGAGCCGUCGGGGCUCUUUGAGUGUUGCGUGCGCAUGGCCUCGCCGUGGGCGACAUCCCGCUCGGCCAGGGCCAUGGCCAGGUCCGCCGCCGCCAGAUCCUUGGCGUUGGCUAAAGCCGCGUCCGCGGACCGGCGCUCCCGCUGUACGACGGCAUCGACCUCGCGCCGCGCCGCGGCCCGGAGCGCGCUACACAGCGCCUCGACGGCCGCGUCGUGGUCGCCAUUUACGACCGUCGGCGCCGCGUCGGCCAUGCGACUCAGGUCGUCGGCCGCGCGCUGCAGCUCGCAGUGCGCCGCCGCGAGCUCCGACCGCAGCACGGCGUUCGCGUCCUUGGCUCUUCGGGCCUCGUCUCUUGAAGCGUCCGCCGUCUCUCGCGUCCGCGCGUGCGCGUCGCGUUCCGUCUUGAGCUGGCGGCGCACGCCGUCGCUCGCCUCGGCCUCGUGGGCGAGCGUCCGCCUCAGCUCCUCCGCGGCGUCCUUCUCGCGCUCGAGGGCCGCUCGCAGCGUCGCGGCCUCGGUGCGCAGCUGCUCCGGCGCCUCGCGCGGCGACGUUGGUGUAGUAGCGGGCCCCUGCAGCGCCCUAUCUAACAAUUUGGAGAGGCGGUCGCCGGUCGGUGAUCCCGCCUCCGCAGCGGCAUCGCGACGCUGCGCCUCGACCCUCGACCGUAAGCGGGCCAUCUGCUGGUGCGCCCACUCCGUCGAGGGAUCAUUCUGCGGCGAUGAUGACAUAUUGCUGCCUUCGCUGCGGCGGCGCUCGCUGCGGCGGCGUCGAUAUUGGGCCCGCUCCUCGGGCAGCAUGCGCGGUGCUUUCCUAUAGGGCUGCCAGCAGACGCCUCGGCGCCGCUCGCAGAUGCUGCCCCUGCUCGUCUACCGAGCCUGUCGAUGCGUGCCGUCGGCUGGGCACGGAUAUGUCUCCGCUUUCGGCUGGCUUGGCCUCUCUGUCUGGUGCACCCGCACGCCCGUGCGCGGCGUGCACUCGACAUCAUCAAACGACCAAAUAAUAAUUUACACGACGAUAUA